GAUUCUUGUUGUUGUUCUUCGUUGUUGUUCGGAAAAUCGUGAACGUGUAAUUUCCGUGCGUGUGAAUAAUGUGAAUACGCGGGUCCGUGAAACUCAACAGCACACGGAAAAAUCCGAAUCCUCGACGAGCCUCUCGUGAAAACUCAGCCUUCCCCCGCACUAACGACCGCACGAUGGCUUCCCGCGGCGGACCGAUGGUUAUCGGCACGGAUGGUGCCGAUUUCGAGCACAGACAACGCGUGGCCGCACAUUACCAAAUCAGCGCACUGAACAAAUCUCGGUUAAAGUACUGCAUUUUCUUCCACUAUCUGCUGUUCUUCGUGAUGCUAGUCAAACUAUCCGCCGACAUCCUCGACCGACUCGAUAUUUUUAUACUGGAAAUCGAGGAGCUUCAAAUACCGACACCGCUCUGGUGGGAAUACUUCUGGUGCCUCUCCGUGUUCCUGUCCUUCUUCGGACUGGCCGCCGUUCGUGGUAACCGCAUUAACGAUAUGAAGAAGUACAUGGUGGGUAUUAGCACGAUCGCGUUUGUGCCGCUACUGUACUGCAUCUUUUACUAUCUGAAUGAUGUACUGGAGUAUAUCAGCUUGGAAGAAGGUACCGAACUAGAAGAUACCGAUAUCUUCGUGUGGCAGGUAAUUGGCUAUCCGUACGGGUUGCUGUGGUACGGUUUUGUGCUAUUGGCCUUCCAGGUGCACUUUUUCUCGCUGUUCUUUGCCUGGAACCUGAUCAAAGCCUGGAGAGCACGCGGCGCUCUCAAGAGGGCCCAGUAGAAAAACGAUUGCGAUAACAGUGCACUACUACUGCGAUCCUCUCUCGCACAACGAAGAUCACGCGAAGUCAAAACACAACCGAUCGUGCUCAAUGCUCAACUGCUUGACCAUCCAGAAUCCACAACGAAAAGAACACGUUGGUCAGGAUAGUCAAGCAGGCACCCUCUGCAAGCCUCCCGAUGUUUGAAUCAACAAAGACAAUAUUGUUAGUGCGAUAUGCAAAACGAUUCGUAGCCCAAGUUGAUGUAUCCUGUAGCCCCAGUUUUUUUUUCAUUUCUUUAAAUGAAUUUCAUCCCUUCGAACCUCGACUUUGGUCGUCGAUGCAUUGCAUUAGGCAAACUGAAUAGUCACGACGUAAUAGAAGCUCACCUAUCAUAUCUAUUUGUAAUACUACAGUGAAUGUUACAACACAACCGGAGAGCGUGCGGUUAGAAAAGGUACUUAGUGUAAUUCAUACAGGAUAACCGGACUAACGAACUGCUCACCUUUUGCGUGUAAAUUGUACCAUCGAAUGAUUAAAGUGAGAUUACAUGGAAGAUAUUACAGGAACGAAUAAGUACCCCUGCCUGCCAUCGAAAGGAAGAAAAGCGGAACGAGGAAUUUAAUUUGCGUGUAAAUUGAACACCUGUUUUAUGUUAGCUGUUUGUAGAUAACCUUAGAUGACAUAACCAUUCAACAGAUUAUUGUUUUUUGAGAAAAGCAAGCACGAAUUCCUGCCAGAACAUACAACGAGAAGACACAACGGUUGGCUUUCGUUGCCUCGUUACUGCCUUCAACUGUAUGGACCCUUCUGCCGCCUACCGAUGCUCUCUCCCUCGUGCGAAGAUAUUUCACCUUUUACUGAAGUUUUGGACUGAUCAUCGACGCCACGACGAAGCUCGUGCGUGCGUUCAAUUUUGAUGUAGUGCCUCGCAUUCAAAGGGAGGCCAUUUCAUUUCAGCCAGACAAAUGCAAUGCUACGAAAUUAUCGAAACCGACCGGCAUUGUUGGGCCAGUGUUUAAUUUUUUUAUAUAACGUUUUUGGUAAUAUUGGUUUGUACCUCUGGUGAAAGUUAAAACCGAUCGAGACGACACACAUAUGCUGGGAAACGAUUGAAUGGAGAAGUGAAAUUGUUACGCAAAAUAUAUUUAUUGUGACGUGAAAGCGUGGAAAAGCUACUGAAAAUUGUUCUUAUGACGUUUGUAUGAUGGAUAAACUGUUCUUAAGAAUGUAUAAAUAAAGUGUUUUAUUACAAA